GCUGACUAAAUAUCGGAUUAAGAUUUUACAAUCGAAUAACUCCGCAAUGGUGAACAUUUUAUGACCUCAACACUUUUGAAAGACCAUUGUUAUUGCGAACUUAAGUAUUUAUAUAUGUUGUUUGAUUCAAUAACAAAGUAAGCAAAAUUGUAAUUUUUAACGCAUUUUUGUAUUUGGUUAAAAAGGAAAAGCUAUAGUUUUGUGUUUCGUACUUACGGAUACAUAUCAACAACAAUUUGACUGUUUGGAAGUGAAUAGUGGAACGUCUCUGUUAUAGCAAAAAAGCUGAGGAGAUAAAGUUAAAUGAUGAAACAUAAACGGACUGUCGUCUGGGCGUUACGACUGUUAUUGUGGAUCGGGUUAGGAAUAUGUUCCAUUGUGAUUCUAUAUCAAGGUUUAUUUAGUAGAAGGGACCCAGCUGUCAAGGGUGUUCAGCCAAAUAUGUUAGAAGUGAAUGCUGUCAAAUAUCAUGAGACAAAUAAAGUUGAUAUAGAAAAGGCCAUGCCAGUUUUACAACUAUCAGAAAGCGUACGCAAGGCAUGUUCUGCUGAAGUGAAACAAUCAGGUCCAUCUCGCGUUCUUUCGACUUUACAAUAUAUUCCUGGUAAAAACAUACUAUAUUGUCCCGUUGAGAAAAUUGGAACAACAUUUUGGAGAAGAGUAUUUUAUACAUUUGCAUUUAAACAUUCGAAAGACAAGUUACCGUUUGACAUCCCUGAAGAAUUGGCUCAGGAAGAGAUUAAAGAUCAUUUUUCUAAGUCUUAUUCAUCCGAUUUCCCAACUGAUUACUUUUCAUUCAUGUUUGUACGAAAUCCAUUUUCCCGCCUUUUAUCAGCGUACGUUGACAAAAUUGUUGCCCCUAAUCCGUUCUACUGGCGGCAGUUUGGUGCGCUAGCAGUUAAUAAAUACCGCCAAAAUGUUAAUAAGACAGCCGUUAGAGGUCACGACAUAAGUUUCGCUGAGUUUGUGAGAUUAGCAACUGAUAUGGAAAGCACAAAUAUGUAUAAAGAUCCUCAUAUCAAAAGUAUUGGAACUAGUUGUCAUCCGUGCCAUCACAAUUAUUCAUUCAUAGGGCGGAUGGAAAAUUUCAAGGAAGAUUCUUUAUAUGUUUUAAAGAAGAUUGAAGCGCAAAAUGAAAUGAUAAAAACACUGGAUAGUCAAUGGGACACGCUGUCUACAAAAGCAUCCAUUGAAGUUAAUAUCGAGUAUUGGUUUGACAGUAAAUCACAGAUAUCUAAAUACAUUUCAUGGGAGAAGGCGUUAAAGAGAUUUUGGCUAUAUAUGCAGAUGCGGGGUCUAAUAGAAAAAAGACUACCGCUUAAUAUAACAACAGAUAAUGUUGAAAAGAUAAGUGCUAAAGACUUUGAAAAUCUUGUGAAAGAGGCCAACAAUGCCUCAAAUAAAGCGGAGCUAAGCAAACAAAAACGUGAUGUUAAAAUAGAAGCAUUUACUAGCGUAGAACCCUCUCUUUUGAAGAAAUUUGUGUAUGUGUUUCGAAAAGAUUUUGAAUUGUACGGAUAUGAUCCAUCGCCGUCGUAUAUAUUUAAACGUGACGACACAAAAAUAACGACGAAGUUUUUCAAUUAUCCACAUUUGAACUAGUAACUAUGUCAACAAACAUAUCGAUGUACGGUAUAUCAGCUGAUGAUGAUAAACCGGAGUUUUAUCUAGAAAGGAACUAUGGUUGACUGAUUGGUAUACUCCAUCAUUUGUUUUGUCCUAUAUAUGUGAAUGCCAAUGCUUUACUCUCCAAGUUUUAUUUGACUUUUGUAUGUGACUGGCAUUAUUCCUUAUUUUGCAUUAUAUAAAUUUAAAUUGAAACUUUGAAUGGACGUUUAUAUCAAUUUUGACUUGUGAAGUCGACCAAACGUUUCAUGCAAUUAUACUGAAAAUAAAUUUUGAUACCACAGGUGAUCAGUAUAACUAUGGGAUUUUACUCACUAAAGUUGAAACAGUAUGUGCCUAUAGACCCUUAAAGAAAUCAUGAUCACAAAGCAGGAAAAAAUUGCUUUUUUCGCCGAUUCACACAUUUUUCAUUCACUAUCGUAUAUAAAUCGGUGUGAAGAGUUGAAUAAGGCAUUAUCAAGUUCAUUUCGUAGGGUGAAAUCAUUCAAUCAUCCAAGCGCCUUAUCCGGUCUAUACCGGAAUAUGGUAUUAAGUGUGGUGUUCCAACAAAUUUGUUAGUCUCACUCAUAACAAUGUGUUACUUUUAGAAAAAUGGCCAGUACAUGUGUUAAUGGCCAGAGAAGACAAAGAAAGACAAAGAGAAGACAGAGAAAACCUUGAUAUCAUGUGUAUGUAAUUAAGUUUUUUGUUUUGUUUUUUCUUUCAACUAGUUAUGUUAUUUUGUGUGUAAGUAACUUUGAAAGAAAUGUUAAUUUAGUGUUUGCUGAUAAGCAUUUACAAAAUUUAAUUUAAUAUAGCCGAUUUACUAAAGUAAAUGUGUUAAGAUUCGUUUGAAAUACUGCAUUUCUAUCGGACAAAAAUUAUUUCAAACACGAAAUAAGGUUUUAAAUAAACUCUUUAUCAUUAGCUGAGUAAGCAAACA